UUUUCUAUAGCAGCCGGUCCUGCCGCCACCCUUCCCUGGGCUGUUACAAUGGACUCUCCCAAUGUUCAGUGUGUGUGUAGAAGGCUGCGAUGCUAAUGCUCGUUCUGGUACCCAUGAGCUAUUUCCUUCCUGUAUCCCUGCCAGAGCAUCCUUCAUAAUAUCACGCGAGACAGAUACUUAAAGGAGGGCUGUGGCAGAGCGGAGUAUAGACCACAGGACCGUCUCCAUCUACUGCCACCCAAGGGAGAAUCGCCCAAUCGACCUGCCUGGCUGCUCCGGCGUCUCAAGCCUGGAUUAAGCGAAUGGGUCGCGGUUCAGUGACCUCGAUUGGCCGCCGUUGGAAAGCUGCGUCCUCCUUGCCCGCCAAAGAUUCCCACCGCUGCCCCCUGGCCUGAGGAGACGGGGAGGGGCCCUGCGUGCUCAUCCAGGAAGACCUGCCCUCCACCCCCCGCCCCUCGUCAAAGGCGGUUCCCAUCCUCUUCUUCCUCACGCCUGUGAGAUCUGAAGGUGGGGCGUCGGCCAGGGCAGAGCCAUGGAUGAGGGGUUCAGGGACCGCACGGCCUUCAUCCGAGGGGCAAAGGACAUUGCCAAGGAGGUGAAGAAGCAUGCCACCAAGAAGAUGGGCAAGGGCGUGGAUCGCAUGCAGGAUGAAUACACCAAGCGCUCCUACUCCCGCUUCGAGGAGGAUGAGGAGGAUGAGGAUUACCAGCCCCAGGAUGGCUACUACCGCGGCGAGUCGGCCAACGACGAGGAAGGGGCCUCCAGCGAUGCCACCGAAGGGCAUGAUGAGGAUGACGAGAUCUACGAGGGCGAGUACCAGGGCAUCCCCCGAAAUGAGUCCCUGAAGGCCGGGGACCACCUGGCCGACAACCAGCAGGUGGUGAGCGAGUUCAGAGACUUCGAGGACUUGGAAGGGGACAAGAAGAAGGACAAGGAGGAGCUGGCCCAGCAGUAUGAGCUCAUCCUGCAGGAGUGCGGCCACGGGCGCUUCCAGUGGACGCUCUACUUUGUGCUGGGGCUGGCCCUCAUGGCCGAUGGCGUGGAGGUCUUCGUGGUGGGCUUUGUCCUCCCUAGCGCCGAGAAGGACAUGUGCUUGUCAGACUCCAACAAAGGCAUGCUGGGCCUCAUCGUCUACCUGGGCAUGAUGGUGGGAGCGUUCCUGUGGGGCGGCCUGGCGGAUCGGAUUGGCCGGAAGCAGUGCCUCCUCAUCUCCCUCUCGGUCAACAGCGUCUUCGCCUUCUUCUCCUCUUUCGUGCAAGGUUACGGCACCUUCCUCUUCUGCAGGCUGCUCUCCGGAGUGGGCAUCGGGGGCUCAAUCCCCAUUGUCUUCUCCUACUUCUCGGAGUUCCUAGCUCAGGAGAAGCGAGGCGAGCACCUGAGCUGGCUCUGCAUGUUCUGGAUGAUUGGGGGCAUCUAUGCAUCAGCCAUGGCUUGGGCCAUCAUCCCUCACUAUGGCUGGAGUUUCCAGAUGGGCUCCGCAUACCAGUUCCACAGCUGGAGGGUCUUUGUCCUGGUCUGCGCCUUCCCCUCCGUCUUUGCCAUCGGUGCUCUCACCACCAUGCCCGAGAGCCCACGCUUCUUCCUGGAGAACGGGAAGCACGACGAGGCCUGGAUGGUGCUGAAGCAGGUUCAUGACACCAACAUGCGAGCCAAGGGCCACCCCGAGAGGGUGUUUUCGGUCACCCACAUCAAAACCAUUAAGCAGGAGGACGAGCUGAUUGAGAUCCAGCUGGACACCAGCACCUGGUACCGGCGCUGGAUGGUUCGGAUCCUGAACCUCUUGCAGCAGGUCUGGAGCAACUUCCUGCAGUGCUUUGCUCCCGAGUACCGGCGCGUCACUCUCAUGAUGAUGGCUGUGUGGUUCACCAUGUCCUUCAGUUACUACGGCUUGACCGUCUGGUUCCCAGACAUGAUCAAGCAUUUACAGAACAUCGAAUAUGCCUCCCGCACCAAGCUUUUCACCCGCGAGAAGGUGGAACACUUCACCUUCAACUUCACCCUGGAGAACCAGAUCCACCGCAAUGGUGAAUACUUCAACGACAAGUUCAUCGGCCUCAAGCUGAAAUCCGUCUCCUUUGAGGACUCCCUGUUUGAGGAGUGCUACUUCGAAGACAUCACCUCCAGCAACACCUUCUUCAAGAACUGCUCCUUCAUCUCCACUGUCUUCUACAACACAGACCUGUUUGAGUACAAAUUCAUCAACACCAAAAUCAUCAACAGCACCUUCCUGCACAACAAAGAAGGCUGCCAGCUGGACUUCAGCGACGACAACAAUGCCUACAUGAUCUACUUUGUCAGCUUCCUGGGCACCCUGGCCGUGCUGCCAGGGAACAUUGUCUCGGCCCUGCUCAUGGACAAGAUCGGGCGCCUCCGGAUGCUGGCCGGCUCAAGCGUGAUGUCGUGCAUCAGCUGCUUCUUCCUGUCGUUCGGGAACAGCGAGUCAGCCAUGAUUGCCCUGCUCUGCCUUUUUGGGGGGGUCAGCAUCGCCUCCUGGAACGCCUUGGAUGUACUGACAGUGGAGCUUUACCCCUCAGACAAAAGGACGACAGCCUUCGGGUUCCUCAAUGCCCUCUGCAAGCUGGCGGCCGUCCUGGGCAUCAGCAGCUUCACCUCCUUCGUCGGCAUCACGAAAGCCGUGCCAAUCUUGCUGGCCUCGACCGCGCUGGCCGUGGGCAGUUCGCUAGCGUUGAGGCUGCCGGAGACGCGGGGGCAGGUGUUGCAGUGAGUGGGGCGUACCCCGCCCCUUCCGAUUCUCCCCCGCUCCAGGGAGAUUAGAGUUGUUAGACACUGUGAAAUGUCUGAUUUUCUGAUUUUGACUAUUUUAUUUUUUUUCGCUCCCCCCCCUCCCCCGGCUCCUCUUCCCUCUUUUUUUGGUGUCAUUACGUGUGUGAGAAUCGGCUCAUUCGUUGAGGGAGUCGGGGGAGGAGGGAAUAAAACUUGACUGAGAAGGAGAGGGGGGGAAAUAACCUCUUUGCACUAAAUUCAGGCUGGAAACGGUCCAGCCCCGGCAGUGUGAACUGAUUAACUGGGCAGGCGCCAAUUGACCUAGCUCCUGAUCAGAGCUGGAUGCUAGGGGCUAGGGCCAGCUCCUCAAGGGGACAUCUAAUGUCUAGGCACCCUGUCACUGGGCAGUAACCUGGAACCCCUCUGUGGCACUGGCUCUAGGGUGUGUGCUGGUGAACACGUGAUCCAUUUAAUUUUACACACGUGGGUGUAAACUAGUAGUACGUGCAAUGUGUGCUCAUGGAUCUUGGCUGUGUAAUAUUUUCCGAAUCCUCAUUUAUUUUUUUCAUCGGGCACCUGUGGUGUGUGGAGAGCAACGCAAACACCCCCCCCCUACUUCCCUCCCCCUGCUUUUUCGGGGCCCUUUGAGUCAUAUGUAAAGUAGCAUCGAUUUCAGGUGUUAACAAAGCAUCCAUUUCAGGCUUCUAAACCAGGUUUGCAGGAGCAAAUCGGCAGAGCUAAGUGGUUCCUCUGUGUCACGUGAACCGAAUUUGAAAUCCUGAUCCGCACGUGCCCUUGCAUCAUGUCUCGCUGGUGUCACAAAUGUCUGGUCGAGCCACACCAGGCACGGCAGGCAUACACCCCUGUCGGCUCUAGUGGUAUUGGGCAUUCAUACAUUUUGCAGGCAGCAGGUCUAGGCUCUCAUCGGCAUGGCAGAAGCUGUGUCAGAGCAGCGGUUCCAUCCUUGGCUCUGGUGGGUGGAUUGUCCCAAUGUUCUGUGCCUCAGUUUCCCCAUCUGUAAAACAGGGAUCAUGAUACUGGCAUCCUUCUGUUGAGUGCUUUAGAGAAACGGUGCUGUAUGUGAGGGCAAAGUAGCAUUCUUUUUUCUCCUUUGGACCCACAUCAGCUCAGACAUCCCUCUGUAACUGGACCGAAUUUAACGCGCUAAUCCAAGGAGAUUCCCCUCUUCCAGUUAUCCAUUGCAGAUGAACAAGACAGCAAUGCUCGGUUUCUUUUAAUAUUGUUUAUUCAGGGAUUUUAAAUGUUGUUUUUUCUGUGUGGGGGGAGAAAAUUUGACUUUGAAGCUUAGGGAUUGUGGUUGUUGUUGUUUUUUUUAAUUCUCCCCAAGCCCCUCCCCACAGCGGCCAUCCAGAAACACAGCUGGGGCUGGGGGUGGGGGCGUGGGAAGGGGUGUGAUAGUAGCACCUGUGAUUCCCCAAGAUGAGAUCAAGGCUCCACCAUGCUAGGCCAGCAGCCCAGCUGGCCUGAGAGUGACACUAACCUCUGUCUUGUCUGUGGGUUGCUGCUCAUUCCGAUUAGGCGUUUCGUGUAUUUAAUUCUGUAGCCGCCUGUCUCUCUGCCCUCCCCCCGUUCCGUGGUCGACACCAAGGUCUGGUCUACACUUAAAAGAAAUUAGAUCGACCCAGCUAUGUCGCUCAGGGCCAAGAAAAAUCUCGUACCCUGCGUCUCUUACUUAGGUUGACCUAACCCCAGAGGUAGCUGCUCCUAGGAAGAAUUCUUCCAUCAACCUAGCCCCGGCCUCUCAGGGAGGUGGAUUGACCCCAUUGAUGGAACCUAAUGGAAAGCCCUGGUGCAGAUGCAGCCUGUUGGCACCGGAAGGGGUUUUUCCAUCCAUGUAAGAACGCCACCUCCUCGCAGGCCAGUAGCAACGUCGAUGGAAGCAGUCCUCCCAUGCAGUCUUCCGCACGGCACGCAGGGCUGCCGAUUUUUCAUGUCCUCGACUGAUGCAGCUGGCCUGGGGAGGGGGCGCAUUUAGCGUCACCCAGCAGGGGCGUUGGGUUGUAGAUGUGGGAAAAGAGAGGAAAGACCAUGAGUGCCUAGGGCUCUGUCCCAUGUCUCAGCAGGCCCAUGAUUGUGUUUUGCUACACCCCCACCCCCUCCACCUCCCGUCCUUUUCAGGAACGCUUGCCUAUGAAUUCACCCUCCGCCUCCAGAUUUAAUUAACUUGCAUCCAGGCCUGCCCAGAGAAGGGGCCCUAAUACGUCAGGUUCACUGGGGUCUGCCUCCUCUGAUUUCACCCCAGCUACAGACAUUUUGGGAGCCCGCUGUGCUUGGGGCCCCAGGACAAUUGUUCCUCUUCUCAUUCCUACUCAGGAACAGCUUUGCAAGGGUGCAAACCAUGCAUCCAGCUUGGAGCAGAGGGGUUUUUUGGGGGGGGAGGGGGGGGCUGCUCAUUGAAGGGUGGGGCAGUUCCACCCCUUCAGACAGGUCUACCAGGGAAAAUGGAGCAAUGGCAUCUCUUAACCAUCAGGGCCACAGGGAGAGUAAGAUCCUUGAAAAUCUAUUACCUUGGAUGGUUGCCAGAGGGAACCCCCUAGAGUCUGAGGGCAGCUAAAGCCAGGGGAGGAUCAGAACGUAGCACUUAAGGUGCAAUGGCUCCACGCAAGCGGGCUCUACUUUUGCAAAACCCAAAGCACCGCGCCUUGCUCAUUAGAGACGGGCCAAGCCCCGAAGGCACCCAGAGCCUUUGCCCCAGCUCUGGCUGGCUUUUCUUGCUUUCCUCUUUCCUGCUGCAGAUGAAGGCAGAGCUAGGGCGGGAGGGACAGUGCGGCUGCCCAGGGCUUGGCGUAAGAUGCCUCGAAGAUUUUUGCUCAGCGCGUGUGUCCAGGACUCACUGGGCGAAGGUAUUGCUCAGCUGAAGGAGCAGUGAGGUCAGAGGUAGUUAGGGGCCACAAGGGGCUAUUUUAAAGAAACCCUGUUGUGGGUUGCAAAGGCCCCACACUGAUCAGCAGCAGUGGGUGUUGGGUGGAGAACAGCAACCUCGUUGAAGCAGCCAUCUAGCGCCAUCUAUGGGCACAGAGUGGAUGCACACCCUGGCCUCCUUCUCCCCUUAGGACUAAUGUAUGGUUUUUAUUCCAAGGUCAUGGAGUCAGCUGGGUGUCACAUGCUGGCCCUUUAAUUCUCUGCGCUAUAAAGCCAGCACUGUCCAGGAACCAGGAGGCUAAGAAGCUUUCUUGGGGGAGGGGGGCUCCUUUCGCGCACGCGCUGGUUGUAGCUGAGAAUUUAAAUGUUCUUUAAAACCCCAGCUGACCUGAGGCAGAUGUCUCAGCAUCUGCCCCAUCUUGUGGCUUGGAAACAAUGAGGGGAGGAUCCCUGCCGUGUCCUUUCCGCUGUCAGCAAGGGGGUAGAGGCACUUGAGUCUGUUCUGACCUUGCGCUGGAAGAGACACAAGCCCGUUGCCUUGCCCAAGAGGGAGGCUUGAGCCCAGAUGGCAGGAGAGCGUUUUAUGCACAUUCACCCACUGAGGUCAAUAAUAUUUAAGCGCGUGCUAGAGGGCCUAAAAUCCGGAUGGUGAGUGAGUUCCAACCCAGAUCUUCAAUUAACCUAACCCCCCACCCCUGAACUCUAACAAGCAGCAGGACCCCCCAAUGGUGGUGUGGAAGGAAAUAAGCUUUUUAAAACCAGAUCUCUACCUUGCACGGCGACAGUGCAAUUCUUAAUUUCAAAACAUCAUAAUAAUGCCCUGGGCUAAGUCUUUAUGCUGCUCUCUGUUACCCUGGGGUAAAUCUUGGAGUAAAUCCCCAUCAUACCAGUCUAAGAGAGCAGAAUCUGGACUUCAGGGCAACUUUGAUUGGAGGAAGGGGGGGGUGGGAAUGUCCAGGUUCUCUGGUUGUAUUUUAUAACCCAUUUGCAUAGCAAAGCCCACUAAUUGUCACAUUGUAGGUUAAUCGCUCAAUGGGCCCAUGCAGGUUCCAUGCUUUAAUAGCUAGAUGUGUCUCUUUGUGUCAUCAUCCAAAGAUCUGAAUGGCAUGUGGUCCCCGGUGCCCAUUAAUCUAAUUAUAGCAGCUGGACACACACACAGCCAAAAUUUGUAUUUUAAACAAGGGAUGAAAUUGACCAGCACCUGUGUCGGUUUUGCUGGGGCUCUUUGGUGUAAUGCAUACCAGCCGAGCUCCAAAACGGGGAAUUAAAUAUCUUGCCUUCGCUGCAGAGCUAAACAGGGAAACACACUGCACGUGGGGAGGGGGCUGUCAGUUUAAGGUCACUUCGGUCUGCAUUAGACACUAGAGCUAGGUCGCCAAUUCUAUUCAGAUACGUAGAGAAGCGUGGUGUACACCAAGGGGGGAAACGUCCUGCUGUAUCAUUUUAAGCGAGAGUUGUAUUUUUUUACAUUUUAGGAGAUAUUUAAGAGUAGUAUAUUUUUCAUUAUUUAUAAUUUUAUACCAGAUCUCAGUUUCCCCUCCUCGCGCAAGCUUGGGACCAAGCAUACCUGAAAGGAAGCGUUUUUUGUGUCUCUCUUAGCUACCUAGCUCCCCAGCUGGGCUAUCUGAGCACAUCACAAUGUCUAAUGCUCACAGCCCUACUGUGCAGCAAGUUACAGGUAGGGAAACUGAGGCCCAGAGAGACAAAGAGUCUGUCUAUCCUGUGAUCAGAGGAGUGCAGCAUGUGUCGACAUAGCCAACCUAGCUGUGAUCUCGCUCGCUUGAAUAAUAAUAGCAAUAAAGCUGCAGCACCAGGGGCUGUACAAACCCACUCAGCCCCCCGGACUGUGCUCUAGCCUUCACUGCUAUCAGUGCUCCAGUUAGCUGGAUUGGGCCUGUCUAUCCACGCUGCAGUCAUACUGCCGCAGGGAAUGUAGACAUCCACUAAGUGACUUGCCCAUGGUCACACAGGGA